CUAAGCCGAGAGUUGAACUGAAUGUGACUCACUGCACACUGGCUCUCAGCCUCAGCGGGAGAGAAUGAGUUUAGAGGAAGAGGAAUGGGCGCAGAGAUUUCAAGAAUUGAUCAAGCAUGAGAAACCCUGGGCCAAAUGGACCCUGAGACUGGAUGAGAACCUGAAGCCAGGCAACCUGGCCCAGGGCUGGCGGCAAUAUCAGCAGAGAGCCUUUGGCAGGUUUCAGUGCUCCGCUUGCUGGCGAAGCUGGGCCUCUGCACAGACGCAGAUCCUGUGCCACAUGUACUGGGAUCCCCAGAAUUGCCGGGGCCAGGUGCUCAUGCGAGUCUUUGGUCAGAGGUGCCAGAAGUGCUUCUGGUCAGGAUUUGAGAAGCCCGAGUUCUCUUCAGAGAGCAUCACACAGAUCCUGAACAACCUGGUGCAGAGUAUUUUGGACAGAUACUACCAAGAUGGCUCCCGAAAGUUUUCCAGGAUGCCGGUAAAGGUGGAGGUUCCUUUGGAUGGACCCCAUGACAGAAUCAACUGUGAGGCUUGUACUCUGGGCUUUUGUGUGCAAGGAUUUCAAAGCCAUGUGCUACAGUCAGCCAAAUCUUCACCCUCAACUAUGACUCAGACCAAUGGGUGUAACUCUGUCCAAAAGUGGGCAGGGCUGAGCCAUCUGGAGGGAAACCAUGGAGAAAGCAGCAGGUCUCCAGGAAGACUGAUAAACAUAGUGACACCUUUGGGAGGGUUUAGUGACACAAAUGGUUAUGAGAGAGGCCACAAGACAAAGUCAUCCAAACCUCCAUGUUCCUAUACAAAUAAUUUUCAAUAUCAGUCUGGGUUGACCUUGUUUUUGAUGACAGCACGGAGGCCGGCAGCAAUUUUAGGUUUUGGGAUUUUGCUGAGUUGUUUUGUUUGCUACUUUCUUUCAUUUUGA